UUUCCAGCAUCGGCUUGUGGAGGCUGUUAGCAACCCCGGGCGGGAGCGUUACCACCAACCAAUGCCGAGGAAGGCAUUGCUGCUGGAGGUGUAAUGGAUGUUAACACCGCCCUUCAAGAAGUGCUUAAGACUGCACUUAUCCAUGAUGGUUUAGCCCGUGGAAUUCGUGAAGCUGCCAAAGCCUUAGACAAACGCCAAGCCCAUCUUUGUGUUCUUGCAUCCAACUGUGAUGAGCCCAUGUAUGUCAAGCUUGUUGAAGUACUUUGUGCUGAACACCAAAUCAAUCUGAUAAAGGUUGAUGACAACAAGAAGCUGGGUGAGUGGGUAGGUCUCUGCAAGAUCGACAGAGAAGGAAAACCCCACAAAGUUGUGGGCUUCAGUUGUGUGGUUGUAAAAGACUAUGGCAAAGAAUCUCAGGCCAAAGAUGUCAUCGAAGAGUAUUUCAAGUGCAAGAAAUGAACAAAUAAAAUAUUUUGAGCCUGACAAAAAAA